AUGACGCCCCGCAAAACUGCAGAGAGUCUCGACGUCACACCCUGCCACCCACGCUUCCCCUCGUCGCCGUCGCCGUCCCCCACGCUUCCCCCCACCGUCGUCCUCGCUUCCUCCAGCUGUCGCUCACACUUUACUCCGUCGUUGACCACGCUCCCCCUCCCGUCGCUUUCGCUUCCUCCCACCGUCGCCCUCGCUUCCUCCCACCGUCGCCCUUGCUUCCUCCCACCGUCGCCUUCGCUUCCUCCAACCGUCGCUUUCGCUUCCUCCCACCGUCGCCCUCGCUUCCUCCCACCGUCGCCCUCGCUUCCUCCCACCGUCGCCCUCGCUUCCUCCCACCGUCGCCCUCGCUUCCUCCCACCGUCGCCCUCGCUUCCUCCCACCGUCGCCCUCGCUUCCUCCCACCGUCGCCCUCGCUUCCUCCCACCGUCGCCCUCGUUUCCUCCCACCGUCGCCCUCGCUUCCUCCCACCGUCGCCCUCGCUUCCUCCCACCGUCGCCCUCGCUUCCUCCCACCGUCGCCCUCGCUUCCUCCCACCCUCCCCUACACUCCGCCGUCGUCAUCACUUCCCUGCCUAUCACGUUCACCCUCUUCGUCACACGUCGCCUCUCUCUCUCCCCCUAUUCUACCUUCACCACUCCUACCGUCGUCCAUGGUUACCACCCCACACUUGAACCCUUCUCAUUCUCUCACAUUCUCCCUUCUCCCUUGCUUCUCGCCCACACUAAACGCAGAGAUGUAUGGCGCCUGGGCGCUGGGAAGCCGUCCCGUCUUCCUCCUCUUCCUCUUAUUUGCCUUCUCCUGUCCGUCCUUCCACUCUCCAUGCCUCCCUCCUCUCUUUCUCUCUCUUUCCCUCCUUCACUUCUCCCGUCCGCCCGUGCUCCCAGCCUCCCUCCUCCGUACCACUCUCCCACCCACUCUUUCUUUCAUCCUCCUGCCUCUCUUCCACCCUGCCACUCUUCUUUUCAGACUGCCACCUUCCGAGCUUCUUUUAGUCCACCUUUCCGUCUCACCCACUUGUCCUCUCCCAACUUGAUCCUCACAUCCUCCCAUCCCCCCUUCUCCCCUUCCACCCUCCAACCCUUGCGCUCAUCCUCCCUUCGUCUCACCCUCCUUUUUUCUCAUCCUCCCAUCCUCCCUCUCUUCCCUCCCCCCUCCCUUCCUCCUGUCCUCCCUUCCUCCCUUCCUUUCUUCCUCUCUUCCACCCUCUGCCCUACUCUCUGCUUCAGUGACUUUCUCCCCUCUCUUUCCCCUUUCCUCCCUCCCUUCAUCUCAUCCUCUCUUCCGCCCUUCUUCCUUGUCUCCCUUGCUCAUUUCUCCCUCCUCAUAUUCCCUGUUCCCUGCGUCCCUCGCUGCCAUCCUCCCUUCCUCUCAGCCUCCUCACUUCCUCUCGUCAACCAUUCCUCCGCACCCUUCUACCCUGCCACGCCUAUACACUCCUACCUUGUUCUAGGGGCUUGUUUCUUCACGUCCCCAGCACCGCCAGCACUCGCAGAUGCGGGCACAUGGGGUCCCUUGCGCGCCGAGUCAGAGGAGGCACCUUGCGCAGAGGGGCGUCGCGAGGAGCAGCGCUGCGCCAGCGCGACCGCCGAGUCAGAGGAGGGGGGGAUAGAGCCGGGCGGAGGGUUACCUUCCCGUGCUGCUGGAAAUCCCCCCCUGCUGCUGACCGCCCAUGGGGCUGCUGCUGCCCCCCAUGCCUUGCACUGCAAGGAACGCACCCGACGACGCACCACCGGCGCCCAUGCUGCUGCUCCCCUCCGUCGCCCAACGCGCCUCGUCCUCGGGGAAGCUGCCCAGCAUCACUGCCCGCUCCUCCCUCCCCAAGUUCCGUGCGGGGGAAGCGAAGGCUCCGCGCGGGGAAGCGAAGGCUCCGCGCGGGGGAAGCGAAGGCUCCCCCUCACUGCCUUGGUGGCAGCCCACACUGCCUUGGUGGCAGCCUACACUGCCUUGGUGGCAACCCACACUGCCUUGGUGGCAACCCACACUGCCUUGGUGGCUACCCACACUGCCUUGGUGGCACUCCCUCAUUUCCAACCUCCAAGCGGUGCCACCACAUGGUGUGCAACUGCCUCUCCAGCCACCACCACUCCCCACCGGCAAGGAGGGGAGAGUGAGGCGAGGCAGAGUGCUAGUGGAGGGGGGCUGAACCCCCUGGGUAAGGCGAGAGCAAGGCCAACCUCCUUCCCCCGCCUUGCUCUCCCCACCACUCCCCACAGCCACUCGCCAGGAGCACCACAGCAGCAGCAGCAGUGA